GUCGUUUUAUUGAAUUACAAAGUAGGUGUACUGAGGAAAAACUGCAGACACAGACCCUCAGUGUGGAAAUAUUAAAUGUUGUGCACUAAAUGCAAUCCACAGCUGAUUAGUUUUGUGCCCAUCUGCCUUUGUUUGCUGUACGGCUCCGUUGCCUUGGAGAUGGAAAACAUUGGCGAACAACUGUUCCUCCACGCGAUUACAAGACCUUGGAGUUAUUUCUUCUGCAUAAUAACAUCUUUGUAGAUGAAAACAUAAACGUAUUGGAGAGGGAAUGUUAUAAGAGCGAGAUGACCUAUGGACAGUGUGAAUGAGAGAAAGGACCAAAUGGCCCUCAGCUCUCCACAUGUGGCGGAGGAUGGUUUGGGCGCUGGACAGCUCAGCCAGCCUGUCACGUCCUCCCGCAGGGUUGAUGAUGGACUGCUGGUCACCCACGUCAACCAAACACACGACCUGCUGAGGGUUCAGGGGUUUGGGGGUUCACGCAAGGGAACAAUGAAGAGCACCACCGAGUGGAUGGAGGACCACAGUGUUGAAAACUCUGGACUCUCCCUCUCCCACAUACUCUCAAGGGGAACUUCCACGCUUGUGAAAGACCAGGAUGGAAAUCCCAGGAGACAUGUUCAGAUCAACGCUGGAACGCUUGAUGAGUUUGAGGCCCGCCUCCUAAAAUUGAUUGACACAUAUCACGGCAGGAUAAAGUGGCUCACAGAAGGAAGUCUGAAGGUGUUUGGGCUGGUGAAGGGAUCCAGGGUGGGAGUGGUCAUUGACUCAUCUCAUGCUGCCUGUGAGGCCGGGAGACUCUCGCAGCUCCAGCGUAACCUGCAGUGUCUGAUCAAUGAGCACCUGAACCACAGGAAACAGCUGUAUGCCAUGUCAUUUGGGACGGAGAUUAGCACACUGUGGGAUGGGCCGAGAGACACAAACCCCAACAGGUUAAGGGAGAUGUGCCAGUGGGUACAGCAGCUCUAUCCUGCUGGGGGGUGCAAUCUCCUGAGUGCCCUCCGGAGGGUGCUGCAGUGCAGGGAGCUGGACUCGCUCCUCCUCAUUCUGUCCUCCUGUCCAGAUCAGACAUCAGAUGCAUUGUUUGAUUAUGUGGAGCAGUGCACCCUGGGAAGGAAGCUGUCUGUCCUCGCUGUGGCAUAUGGCAGCAGCAGUCCCGUGACCAUUGGGGUCGUUAAGAGACUGGCAGAGGUCACCGGAGGCCGUUUCCACAUCUUCUCCGACACAAGACAGUGUAUGGUGGACAGCAGUGACAUGGGGCUCAUAUGGGGAGAGGUGCAGGCAGCAAGGGGGGUCCUGAGAAACCUCCAGGAGAUGCGGGGAGGACGGGUUGGAGAGACGCAGGUGACCAUGGUGCACGAGGUUUGUGCUGAGUUCGACAGCUUGUGCCUGUCCCAGCUCCCUCCCAAAUCAGCGGGUCAGCGCUCUGCACUCUGCCUACAGAACCCCGGCUUCCUGCCCUCCACUUCAGCAGACUGGCUGCAGAGCCACGGACUCAAAGCACAGAAGCUGGGCGUGUACCAGGUGCUGGCCCCCCACGCACACUCCCCGCUGCAGGAGUUUGUGCCUAUCCUGCGCAAGACCGUCUGCUCCACGGUGCACCAGAAAGCCAUGGUACAGUUUGAGUGGCAUGAUGGGACAGUGAAGAACGUGCAUGUGGACCCACCCCUACUCUAUGCCUACCAGAAACAGCUGGUGAGUGCAGUGAAGGUGCUGGAGAAGAGAGUGGGGUGGCUGAAUACUGGAAGCCGGCAGAUCUGGGGCACAGUGUGUGAGCAGAGGGUGCUGGUCCUGGUGGAUGUGUCUCUGUGGAACUCACAGUACCUUCUCCACAUACAGCUUUCCCUAAGACUACUGCUGCAGGAACAAAUGGCUAACAAACACAGCUUCAACAUCAUCGCUUUUGGUGGAGAUGUUCGUGCCUGGCAGAAUGAGAUGGUGAAGACCAGCACCAAGAAUCUUCAAGAAGCUUGGAGGUGGGUGCAGGGGCUGCAGUGUGAGGGGACUCGGAACAUGCUGGGGGCUCUGAGGUGCGCUGUGGAGAAGAACCUGCAGGGGGAGCCAGAGCACAGCCAGGGCCUUUACCUGCUCACCUGUGGCGUGCCCGACCAAGACAUGGCCGCAGUAGAGGGGUAUGUGUCGCAGUGCUGUGGGGGAGGGGUUUGGCGGCUACACGUGUGCCUGUUUGGGGGGGCAGACCCCGCACCGCUGAGCUGUCCCACCCCGCCCUGCUAUGCCACCCAAGCGGAGACCGUCAACGCCCUGCGAAGCCUGGCUCACUGCACAGAGGGGCGCUUCCACUGCUUCAGAGAGACAGGCAUCGUAGAGAGUGAUGACAUCACUGCCUUAAUGGCUGAAAUAGAGAACGCGACCAGGUACUGGGAGAAGUGUUGUGCGCUGCUGGACUCUGUGUCCAGACGGACAGGCUGCAAGGAGGCUGCAGAGGGGCCGAUACUGGAGGGCAGGCAGUUACCUGCUGUUACCAUGGAGACGUGGAUCCCUCCCCGCCCUACCGCUCUCACACUCGCCAGGCUGCAGGUGAUGGCACAGAGAGAGGAAGAGGGUUUAACUAUGAAAGCUCUCACCUGGUGUCCCAGAAAACCCUCAGCACAGCCACAGAAUUGCUGGAGGCCGACAGGAAGUGGAGGCAGACAAAGGAAUUCCGCUGUCUCUCACUCUGUGUUUUAUACAGAGGAAGGAAACAACCUUGGAUUGGUCUUUAAGAAAUACCCAAAAGCACAGAGUGUGUGCAGGCCUAUCCCCAAGGUCACUCUGCCCAAGGAAGAGGAAAUUUGCUCAACCAAACAGUGGCUGAAGCGUUUCGGAGUGAGGAAGCUGAAGCUGGAUCUGGACCGGCUGGCAUCAGGCCCCGACUGCACGCAUCUUAAGAGGACACCGCCCAAACUUGACACUCCUGCCCCACACAGGCCCGUCUCCGCCCCAAACGCUCCCAGCUUUGCCCCCCAUAGCCCUGCCCCGGCAUACUGCAGAAAUAUUCCUCUUGUCGACUUGAAUGGCACACUGAAGCAUCUUCAGAUGGCGCCACGGGAGCUGGAUCAGUACCUCACCCAGACAGGAAGACUCCUCAGACGCUACGCGCACAGGGUACAAUGGCUGCUCACUGGUAGCAGGCGUAUGUUUGGGGCCCUGCUGGAGAGACAUGUCUGCAUUCUGCUAGACUGCUCAGGCUCCAUGGCAACCUCCCUGCCCGAGGUGAAGAGGGAGCUCACCUCCCUGAUCUGGGAUCAGCUGCGCCCAAACAGACUCAGGUUUACUCUGGCGGCGUUUUCGGGGGAGGUGCAAGCGUGGCGCCCCACCCUAACGGAGUCCUCGGAGAAGGCGUGCCAGGAAGCGGAGCAGUGGGUGUGGCAGCUGUGUGCUCAUGGGGGCACCUGUACCCUGCAGGCCAUACAGUUUGCCUGUGGGCUGGGAGACUCUGUGGGCGUGUACGUGCUGACUGACGGGAAGCCAGAUUCCAGCUGCAGCCUGGUCCUGCAGGAGACAGAGAGGAUGAGUCAAGGGAAGCACGUCACUGUACAUACCAUCUCCUACAACUGCAAUGAUAGCGCCGCCAAUGACUUCCUGCGGAAAUUGGCCCACCAGACAAGAGGGCGGUUCCAUUGUGUCCAGGGCGAUGCAGACAUGCAGAUUGCUACAAUGCUGAAUGAGGGGUCCACCGAGGAAGCUGAAUCAACUUUUCCUGCCUUUGAGGGAGAUGACCUGCGGGGAUUGGUGAAGGAGAUGGACAAACUGAGAAAUUACCGGACGCAGGCUGCAGCUUUCCGGAAAAUUCUUUUGGAAAAGCAGACUCCAGUGAAGGGCUAGUCUGAAAACGAUAUAGACAUUGGUGAAGAAGUUCACAUCAAGAUGUCUCUGCAUUUCAUUCCGGAAUAAUUUCCUCCUAAUUAAAAUCUCCUAAUGUCUUAAUGCACUUCUGUGGAUAAGUAUUAUGUGCAAUGGAAAUGAAAGAUUUUUAUGAAUUAUCUGUAUUAUUCUCAUGUCUUGUGUAGAGAGGUCUUCAAGCCACACUUGUGUGUGUUCUGAAAUGUUUUGAUGAAGGAAAACCAAUAAGGUUCCUCUACACACAACUUAUGGCAACAAAAUGUAACCCUUUUCCUCUGGCAUGACAUCAUUUACACCUGUGUGACUUUUACACCUUGUUACGACCUGACUCCAACUUAGUUACGCUCGUAAGGCUGAACCUAGUACUAUCAGUGGUUGAGUGUCAUUGUGAAACAUCCUGUCGAAGUAUAAAGAAGGAAAUAAACCACAAAAUGCACACUU